AUGCCUUCGCCGUCAGACUCCAGCAGCGUGGCCUCGGGUUCUCGGGGGUGGUCGGACAGCCGUAGGGGCAUGUCAGGUCGGGGGCCCGGUGGUGCACGGCUGCUCCUCUACCUGGGACUGUGCCACCUGGGCCUGGGGGCCAUGGUCCUGGCCUUCUCGUUCACCAGCAUGGCCUUCACCUCCUCAGCCCGAGUGAGACAGUCCUGUCCAUUUUGGGCUGGUUUCUUUGUGGUGGCCUCAGGAAUAGUUGGAAUAAUCUCAUGGAGGAGGCCGUUGACACUCGUGGUGUCCCUGUUCAUGCUGCUGUCUGCAGUGUGUGUGAUCCUCAGCCUGGCCGGCUCGAUGCUCUCCUGUCAGAACGCACAGAUGGUCAAGUCAAUGCUCACCUGCCAGGUGGAGAAUGGUCUGUGUGUGUGUUGUGCACCUACUCACUCCUGCUCCAUCACAGAGGAGGACACCCUGGUUCUGUACCUGAACGCUGACUGCCACUCAGUCCGACAUCAGCUGAAGGACCUUUUGUUCAGUGCUUGCGGUCUCAGCAUUCUCUCCACCAUCAUCUGCACUUUGUCCACUGUGACCUGCAGUAUUCACAUAUUCUCCCUGGACCUCGUGCACCUGCUGGCUCCUCAUCGCUCUCGUUCAGUCAACCCAGAAUGCACCACUCCUCAGGACGCCUUCCUGACCAACAUCAUGGACUUUGAAGAGUUUGUCCCACCCAUCCCUCCACCUCCCUACUAUCCUCCUGAGUACACGUGCAGCUCUGAGACAGACGCACAGAGCAUCACCUAUAAUGGCUCCAUGGAGAGCCCUGUACCCCUGUACCCCACUGAUUGUCCCCCUCCAUAUGAAGCCGUGAUGGGACAGAGAGUGGCCAGCCAGGCAACAAUGUUCGACCCUCACGGCACUGAGCUGUCUGGAGAGAGAGGAACUUCUACUGCCUUCAGUGGAGAAGUGUCCAUGGACAGUGGAUCCCUGCUGAUGUCGGAGAUUGUGGACAUCCCUGAUGAUUCGUCCCCAUCAGAGGACUCAUAUCUGAUGGAUGUUGGGCUAAGGCACCAGGGGGAGAGAGGAAACAGGACAGCUGGUGUUGAGGUGGGAGAUGGGGGAGACGUAGGGGAGUAUAUCAGCUACCGCGGUCCUCCAUCUCAAACAGCGGAGAGUCCUCUGGCAGGAGGACCGAGAGCGAGACGCUUUCUUCGAGGAGAGAGGUCCAACUCCUGCUCCUCUCCCAGCACAGCCACCACCACAUACAGGUCUCCAGUUCUGCGUCGCCAGGCCAUGCUCGCCAGCAGCUGUUCCCAACUGGAAGCAAUAGGGGGCUCCGCCUCUCAACAGUCCUCCAUCCCAGAGAUUCGAGUUCGGCUGCCACAGGGAGCUGCUGCGACCUCCUCUGUUCCCCUCACUUCAUCCUCCUCACCCGCCAGCGAGCAGGGCGGAGGUCAGGGGCAGGGGCAGCUCCUCCCACGUCAACCGUUGUACCUUCGGCGAAGGGCGGGGAAGAGUGAGAAGGAUGGAGAGACUGUGAGAAAGGAUGGCGAACGGCUGUCACACCUGGUGAGGUCACACAGUGAGCCGGGGCUCGGCUCCUCCACUGAUACAGUUGACUUUGGCUCUGGAGGCAGCAAAGUAUCUAUAGAUACAGGUCCGUCCUCGGAGGCGUGUCUGCUGCCGCGCACUUCUUCGCCUCCUGCUGCAGCUUUGCCCAGGAAAAGCAACGUAAAAUCAGCGGCCACAGGGGUGCAGGUCCCCACCAAACCUCCACCCACAUCACCACUGCGUUUACCUAAAGACUGCCACCGUUCCCUCGGAGACCUUAAGGUGACACGGGUUCUAGUGGCUCGUUUCCUGCAGCGCUCCAAACGCAACCUAGCUCCCUCCUCCGAGCAUGCGGGGAGCACAGGACAGGGGCCCAAGAGAAGGGGGGGAACUGAGGGUGUGGCCACCAACCAUCUACCCCUAGAACAAAUGUUGCGGACCCCUUGGAGCACCAGUCGAGGACACCCCAACCAUCACGCUCCCCCUCCCCACCGCGGACACCACCAUUCCCACAGUGACAGUCGACACAACCGGCACUACAGCGGCCUGGUGCCAGAGGGGAUCCACCUGCGCAGCUGUGGAGAUUUAAGCUCCUCUUCCUCAGCGUCACUACACCGAUUGCUGACGCCUUAUCCACCGCAUGGGUCAUCGGGAGCUCUCUACUCUGAGUCUGCGCUGUGAGGAUGGGAGAAGGGUCAAGGAGGGCUCAGGGAGGAAAACAGGAGGCAUAGAAAACUGAAGGGUUGUUAGGAGAGAAGGCAAAUUAAAGAAGUCCUCCCUCCUUUUUCUUCUCGUCACUUCCGGUUCCUUAAGUCAUCUGUGCAAAUGGCCUUAUUUAGUGGUGCUCUUCAAUCCCUCAGCGCAUCAACCCAGAGCUAACUCUUUUUUCACUGUUCAACAUCAGUGAAACAGUUGUGGUCUGUGGUCAGAACAAAUCCAUUAUUGGUCGAGACCAACCAACCAGGAGCAUCUUCACUUCCUCCCUCUCAACAAUCAUCCGGAAAUAUAUUUCCCUCAACACUAGAGAUCAAAGUCAACAUUAAUGGCACUACGACCACUCACUCACAUGUACAUUCAGUCUAUAACAUAACCAUGGGUUGUGACUGGUUGUGACAUGCGUCUAGCGCUUUUGUACAUUGCUGUAUAUCCACAGGAUCGCUCAGGUGAGGUGAUCAUGGAAACACUUCUUCCACUGACUUCCCUUGAUUAAAAAAAUGCAUCUCAAUAAACAUAUAGUUAGUAAAGUAAAAUCUAAACAGAUGAGGAAAGAUGCUCUCACAUGAAAAAUUCUUCCUGCUAUUUUUGACGUUUUUUCUCGUUUUUCAUCUUUCCACACGUUCACAGCUCCACACUGGCCUUCAAACAAAAGGCGACCAGCAUUUCUAUCAAUGACAGUUCUGCACGCCACAGACACACUUCGGCCUUUGACAUGUAUUUUUCUGUGGAUGGCCCUGGACACGGUGGUUUGAUUUGCAUAUGUGCAUGUUUUGCUCCAGCCUCCAGAAACAGAAGGAACCUUGUGCAUUAGAUCCUGGCCGUCUGUGUAACUACGUAACAUGUCCUCAGAAUGUCUUUAUCUGCAUGUUUCAAAAAUCUCUUUUUUUCCUCCUCUUGCGCCCAACACCUAUGAUAUUAGGCAUUUGAAAUGUGUUUGUGUUUAUAGAUAGAUGAAGGGAAAGAGUCCAAGAUGUGCUCCAAACAUGCUGCUGCAUCCUAAUUUGAUUUUGAUAUAGGGGUUGAAAAUGUUUCAGUUGCACAGGCGUAUCUAUGAAACGGGCUCCAGCAGCCUGAUCCUGUGAGUUGAAGAGUUGUAAACUGCACUGUGGCUCUGAUGAAAUGUCGAGUCUCUUGCAAUAAAUGUACAGACAUUAUUUGUCAUGAGGUGGGGCUUCACACUAUGUGUCGUCACGGUUCCUUUGGAGUUGCAAAAGAGUUGUGAGUGGGUUUUGAAAAGAAAAGGCAUUGGGCCGCCGACACACCAGUGACAGUGAACGUACGAUGAGUCAGGCCAUUCUGGAUAAUGGAUUAUGAAGUGUAUCGGUAUAUGUGUGUCAGAUUGGUCAGAAAGUCUUUUGUGGUGUGUUCACUAAGUGAUGAAAUCGACUCCAUAUCAGUAAAGGCACAUUUUUGAGGCACUAACAUGUAUCUAACAAUUUUGUUUUUAAAUGACACACAUACACAGACACACUCAUACACCCCCUUAUUAAAGCACCGAGCUGUGUUUCUACCUCCUGUCUUGCAUUAAAAAAUAUAUAUUAUUUAUUUGAAGAAAUGUAUAAUAUGUAUGGCAGGCUUGACGGGAUAUAGCCUUGAAACCUAAAUUAUAAAUGUAUCUAAGUAUUCCAGAUUUUAAAUGAGAAAACUUUCAAUGCAAGUUAUGUAUUUCAGCAUAUGGAAUAAAUAAU